AUGGAGAAAGAUCAGACUCACUUUAAGGUGUUAGAAUCCGUAGACACAAACUCAUUGUCUUUGCUUUCCUCCAAUACCAGCUCAAAUACAAACAGCAACACCAAUAAUAAAUUAAGUAUUAUAGCUAGUGAUAUUUCCACGGGGUCUAUGCUUUCCAGGCCCGUAACUCCUCCCGUAAUCCAGGAUAACGAAAACAAUUCCAUGUUGCAGUGGCAAUUUGAAAAGAAAGAAUUUAUCUUUGACAGUAAUAGCACACCUUCCAAACAGACAAGACCAGCGCAGAGGAAUUCCCCCUAUCAAAACCAAAAUCAAAAUCAUAAUCAACAGUUGUUGAAUGUAAGAAAGCGACGCUCACAACUAAUUGGUGCCAAACCCAAAGUUCCAUCAAAACUGUACCAAUCCGUUUCCAAAUUAGAUCUAAUUGAUGAUAAAAAUUUCACCUCUUUGCCAAUCGCACCACCAUGCAAUACCGAAAUGAAUGAAGACGACAGUGACAAUAAUGAAUAUAUAAACAAUAAAAAACGACCCAGGUUAAAUCCCAUGAAUGAACUACGAGUACAUAGCAACAAACGUAACAGGUAUGUCAGUUAUGGGCCAAUCUUGGAUACAAAAAACUUUGAGCUAGCGGAAAGUCUCUCUCAGGAUACACAACCACUGGUCUUGGUUGAAGAUUACAUACCCUAUACCCAAAGUAAAUCAACAAAAAAAAUGGUAUCUAUUUCAGAUUUGAAAUCGAAACUGAAUAAAAGAAGAGAUAAUCACAUUCCAUUAAGAGUAAAAAAUUCAUAUCCGGAAAUUAAUAAGGAUUCAAAUAGAAAUAGUCUUGAGCCAAACUCAUUGACGCUAAUACCCCAUAUUCUGAAAAAUACAGAGGAAAAUAUCGAUGGAAAUAACAAUCCCCUGAAUUUUAUCAAAGAAGAAAGUGAAAUGAGUAAUAUAUCCAUACCAACUUCAAUUGAGAAAAUGGUGGUUAAUCUAUUCAGUAUCCCUUCUUCAACUAAAAGUUACGAUGACCUCUAUUUGUCGGAAUUGAAUGUUCAUUCUCAACUGAGAAAAUGUGUCAUCUGCGAGAAAGCUUUAUAUGAAAUCAGCUCAAAGCUCUUGAAUUCAGGGCAUUACAAAGAAAUUGUUUGUGAGCAAUGCACGGUUAAAUAUGAAGAAGCAGCAAAAUUUUUUGAAAAUUGCGAGUUCGAAUCCUCUAUGGAUGAUUCAAAUCUAAGCAGCGGGACAUUUAGUGAUCUCGAGAAUUCAGCAGAAUCAUUCCAUUUAUCGACAGAUGCUCCAAUAAAAAUCGGUAGAGACAGAGAAGAUAAUAAGAUGAACUACAGAAAGGAAAAUUCAAAGAAAAAGGACAGUUUCUCCAGAGAACUUAUAGAACGAUUACAAGUGCAGUUACUGGAAAACGAUUUGGCAAGUAAAAAUCAUCCUAAUAAAGAGGUAAUGGGUUCAAAGUCAAUGGCUUGGUUCUUGGAAGCCAGAAGGAAAUUGAAAUGGAAGUGGAGAAUAAACGGCUUACUACCGCACUUUUUGCGGGGCCAAAAUAACGAUCGUUUAAAUUUUCAAUCUUAA